AUGCAAGAUAACAAGGGUAGUCUAACAGGAGAGGCGCGGCGUAUGAAGAUUGAGUAUUUUGAUACUCUCCCAGUUGCGAGCAGUCUGUGUAUUCUUAAGAGUGGGUUUGUCUUUGUUGCUGCUGAGUUUGGCAAUCAUCAUUUCUAUCAGUUUGAUAAGCUCGGCGACGAUGAUAAAGAGCCCACAGUCAGCAGCGACGACUUCCCUAUCGACCCUCAUGCUGUUUACCAGACUGGCUACUUCUAUCCACGACCUUUGGAGAAUCUUACCUUGGUAGAAAAAGCUAUCGAUUCUCGAAGCCCUCUUCUGGACUGUAAGGUUACUAAUUUGACAGGAGGAGAUGCGCCGCAGAUAUAUGGGAUAUCCGGCAACGGCGCAAGAAGCCACUUUUGGAUACUCAAGCACGGACUGGAAAUUAACAAUGUUGCGACUUCUAAGCUACACGGGACAGUUUCCGGUGUUUGA